AUGAUGGGUGAGUUCAAGCAUCCCCCACAGGAGAAGCAGAAGAUGUCUAGCACGAAGAAGGCUGGGUACAGUAAUCCAGCUUUCGCGGCUAUGGGUAUACCGGCUCUGCGGUUGCCCGGGCCUAAGUGGUGCGCGUUCUGGCUUGUGGUUGGAGCCGGCAUUGCUGGAGUGGUAUACGACAAACGGGAGCAGCGGCGCAUAUGCAAGCAUUAUUCGUCGUUGGUGAAGGACCAAGGCGCAGCGCACAUGGACACAUGGCUCAAACCGCGGCGGCUCACGGUGUUUGUUGCGCCUCCUCCGGGCGACUAUCUCGAGACGUCGAUGAAAGUAUGGCGGCGAUACGUGAAGCAGGUGUUGUUCGAAGCUGGGUUGGACUACGAGGUCUUCACAGAAGAGCGGCAGGGCGUCAUCCGUCAUGAAGUGGCGGAGCGCGUACGGCAGCUGCGCCGAGAUAUUGCUGCGGCAGAAGCGGCGGAACAGCGGGCACUCGACGAAAAGCGCUGGUUGAACCGGAUGAGAAGCUGGUGGCGCCGUGAAAAGCUUUCCGAAGAGGAGCUGGAGCGAAUUCGCGCCCAGAAAUUCCGCGACGAGUUCACCUACAAACAACUGUUGGGCGUUUUCUACAAGAACGCGCCACUGCGUGAACAGAAGGUAUGGGACGCCGACGCUCUGGUGGAGGAUCCUGUCCUCGCAGGAGGCGUGAUCUGUAUCGGCCGGGGUGCCUAUAAGGAAUACAUUGCAGGAAUUCAUGAAGGUACACUGGGGCCCUUGGACCCUCCAACCUUAACACCGGAGGCACCUACAGAACUCUCGGCUGCUGCUGAAGAUCUCACGCAGGCUCCUGAACAGCCCGAGCCCUCGGCCGCUGCGGAAGCUCUCAAGCAGGCCCCUGAACAGGCUGAGCACUCUCCCGCUGAGCCCGACUCGGCGGCGACAGAUGCGCCAGAUGAAAAAUCCAACAACGCACCUGCACCUCCGCCAGCCCCCUACGUCUCGCCUGACGAGUAUAGCAGUCUGUCGCUCUCACAGGAGCUUGUCGGCGACGUCCGCCAUCCGUCUUCGCAUAUACCAGCUCUUUUCCACCAGCCUCUGCUGGUCAUUCCGGUGCCUAACUUGUCAGGCUUCUUGCAGACUCCACGGAAGAUCUACCGGUUCUAUACACGGCGCUACUACGCGGAGGAGUGCUGCAAGGCAGCUGCCGCAAUGGUCUUGCAGACUAUCAGGCCAUUUCAACCCGAUGAUUUGAACCUGGGCAUCUCCGAAGAAGAAGAUUGGCCUCGCCGCUGGGUUGAACAGGGCCGCGAGCGCAAAAGUGAGUGGGUACAGGACUUGAAGGCCGAUCCCCGCGUUAUUGCGGAACUUCAUGUAGUGGAUCCGGCUCUCAUGGCUGAUUUGGCAGCCACCAUGAACUUGAACUGA